CGGAGCUGCGGCGGUGCGGCCCGGGAGGGGGAGUCUGGGGUUCCGACGUAGCAGCUGCUGUAGGAGAGCUCCCGGGCCGGAUCCCGACGACACCCCGUUCGGUGCUGCGUCCCCACUUGGCCCCUGCAGGCCCGGGUCCAAGGAGUCCCCACCCGCCCGCCCCGGCGCCGCACAGCCAGGCCCGUUGGGCCUCGGCCGGGAAGCAGGCAGCACCGAGCCGGCAGCAUGGCGCAGUGGAACCAGCUGCAGCAGCUGGACACGCGGUACCUGGAGCAGCUGCACCAGCUCUACAGCGACAGCUUCCCCAUGGAGCUGCGCCAGUUCCUCGCACCCUGGAUUGAGAGCCAGGACUGGGCGUACGCAGCCAGCAAGGAGUCGCACGCCACCCUAGUGUUCCACAACCUCCUGGGCGAGAUCGACCAGCAGUACAGCCGCUUCCUGCAGGAGUCCAACGUCCUCUACCAGCACAACCUGCGCCGCAUCAAGCAGUUCCUGCAGAGCAGGUACCUGGAGAAGCCCAUGGAGAUCGCACGCAUUGUGGCCCGGUGCCUGUGGGAGGAGUCCCGCCUCCUGCAGACGGCGGCCACCGCUGCCCAGCAAGGGGGCCAGGCCAGCCACCCCACGGCGGCUGUGGUGACGGAGAAGCAGCAGAUGCUGGAGCAACAUCUGCAGGACGUGCGCAAGCGGGUGCAGGACCUGGAGCAGAAAAUGAAAGUGGUGGAGAAUCUGCAGGAUGACUUCGACUUCAACUACAAAACACUCAAGAGCCAGGGAGAUGUGCAGGACCUGAAUGGCAAUAGCCAGGCCGCCACACGGCAGAAGAUGCAGCAGCUGGAGCAGAUGCUGACGGCGCUGGACCAGAUGCGCAGGAGCAUCGUGAGUGAGCUGGCAGGGCUGCUGUCGGCCAUGGAGUACGUACAGAAGACGCUCACGGAUGAGGAGCUGGCUGAUUGGAAGCGGCGGCAGCAGAUCGCGUGCAUCGGGGGGCCCCCCAACAUCUGCCUGGACCGCCUGGAAAACUGGAUAACCUCGCUGGCAGAGUCGCAGCUGCAGACCCGGCAGCAGAUAAAGAAGCUGGAGGAGCUGCAGCAGAAGGUGUCCUACAAGGGCGACCCCAUCGUGCAGCACCGGCCCAUGCUGGAGGAGAGGAUCGUGGAGCUGUUCAGAAACUUAAUGAAGAGUGCCUUCGUGGUGGAGCGGCAGCCCUGCAUGCCCAUGCACCCCGACCGGCCCCUGGUCAUCAAGACCGGCGUGCAGUUCACCACCAAAGUCAGGCUGCUGGUCAAGUUCCCGGAGUUAAAUUAUCAGCUAAAAAUUAAAGUGUGCAUCGACAAGGACUCGGGCGAUGUGGCGGCUCUGCGCGGGUCCCGCAAGUUCAACAUCCUGGGCACCAACACGAAAGUGAUGAACAUGGAGGAGUCCAACAACGGCAGCCUCUCGGCCGAAUUCAAGCACCUGACGCUGAGGGAGCAGAGGUGUGGGAACGGGGGCCGCGCCAACUGUGAUGCCUCCCUGAUCGUGACCGAGGAGCUGCACCUGAUCACCUUCGAGACCGAGGUCUACCACCAGGGCCUCAAGAUUGACCUGGAGACCCACUCGCUGCCGGUCGUGGUGAUCUCCAACAUCUGCCAGAUGCCCAACGCCUGGGCAUCCAUCCUGUGGUACAACAUGCUGACCAACAACCCCAAGAACGUGAACUUCUUCACCAAGCCCCCGAUCGGGACCUGGGACCAGGUGGCCGAGGUGCUGAGCUGGCAGUUCUCCUCCACCACCAAGCGCGGCCUGAGCAUCGAGCAGCUGACCACGCUGGCCGAGAAGCUCCUAGGACCAGGCGUGAACUACUCGGGGUGUCAGAUCACGUGGGCAAAGUUCUGCAAGGAGAACAUGGCAGGCAAGGGCUUCUCCUUCUGGGUGUGGCUGGACAACAUCAUCGACCUGGUGAAGAAGUACAUCCUGGCGCUGUGGAACGAGGGGUACAUCAUGGGCUUCAUCAGCAAGGAGCGGGAGCGCGCCAUCCUCAGCACCAAGCCGCCCGGCACCUUCCUGCUGCGCUUCAGCGAGAGCAGCAAGGAGGGCGGCGUCACCUUCACCUGGGUGGAGAAGGACAUAAGCGGCAAAACUCAGAUCCAGUCGGUGGAGCCCUACACCAAGCAACAGCUGAACAACAUGUCAUUUGCGGAGAUCAUCAUGGGCUAUAAGAUCAUGGAUGCCACCAACAUCCUGGUGUCCCCACUGGUCUACUUGUACCCGGACAUCCCCAAGGAGGAGGCCUUCGGGAAGUACUGCCGGCCCGAGAGCCAGGAGCACCCGGAAGCAGACCCAGGUAGUGCCGCCCCAUACCUGAAGACCAAGUUCAUCUGUGUGACCCCAACGACCUGCAGCAAUACCAUUGACCUGCCGAUGUCCCCCCGCACUCUAGAUUCCUUGAUGCAGUUUGGAAAUAACAGUGAAGGUGCCGAGCCCUCGGCAGGAGGGCAGUUCGAGACCCUCACGUUUGACAUGGAGCUGACCUCGGAGUGUGCUACCUCGCCCAUGUGAGCCGUGCGAGGAUCCGUGAGGAGGCGGAAGCAGCCCGCCCUCCAUGCCCUCGAGCUGUCAGACCCCAGAGCAUCUCCUCGCCUUGUGGUUCCAGAUUUUUUUCACUCUCCUACUUCUGCUAUCUUUGAGCAUCUGGCACUUUCUGAGACUGAUGCAGCCACGGGGUGGUGCGGGUGACAAGCUCGUUACCUCCCAGGCUGUGCCCAGACUGCAGCAGGGACAUGGCGGUGGCCAUGAGACCAGAGGAGUGUGCCAGUGCUGCUGCUGGCCCCGCGCUCCUCCCUCCCUCCCUCCCUCCCUCCCUCCUGGCUGCUCCUUCGGGUUUGUCAUUCGCCAAGUGCCUCCGGUGGCGGCUGCUUCCGCCUGUGUCCCUUGGAGCUGGGCCUCGGGUGCCUGCUGCUGCACCUUGCCUUCCCGUUAGCUCGCUGGUGUCCAGGUAGAGGCCACAGUGUCCACCCUGGGUUCCUUGUGAAUGGAAAGUGGCCAAGGGCAAAAGGACUGGGACACCCUCCCCGCCCUUCAAAGGAGACAGACUGCUCCCGCAGAGCCGGCCCUUGGGGACCCGGAAGCCAAGCUGGGUGCAGCUUGGGUUUCUAGCUAGAGCGGCUCCAGUGGGCUCGCCUUCCUGGGCGCUGCCCAGCCACCUUUGCCCCGAGGCUUCUCCCCAACUCUGCCAGCCAGAGCCCCUCAGCCCCUGUCACUUGGCUUUGGUUCCACCUGGCAUGUCCUGUCCUGGUUGUGCUUUAGGAAUCCCCGUGCCAGCAUCUCUGGGAGGGCAAGGCCGAUGCCAUUAGGGACGCGGGGCCCAGUGUGUGGCCCUGCUCAGACUGCACCCCUUCCUCUCACACCUGAGGAGCCCCAGGGUCCAGCAGACGCUGGCCCGGCUUGAGGGCCAGGCGCACCCCUCCCGUGUCCCCAUGGUCAGCACGUUACUGUGCGCCAGGGACACAACCGUGGGCGAGGAGAGCUGAGGCGUGGCUGGCCCUGUCCUCGUGCUGUUUCUGGGCCAGGAGGGGCGCCCGGGAGCUGCAGUGGCAAGGGAAGGAGCCUGCCCGGCCUUAGGUCGCCACAGGUGCGUUUGCAGGUGACCUCGCGCAGGGCCUGAGAGGAGUGGGGAGCACAGUCCCAGCGGCUCCCCUGCUGUGCGCGUCCAGCCGGCUGCUUCUGCGCUGUGGUCUGUAAGCUGCUGCCCGGCUGCCUUGAUUCCACUGUACACUUCCUUGUGUAAAAAUUUAUAUUAUUGUGUUUUGUUUUUUUUUUUUGUAUAUUGCUGUAUCUAAUUUCCAGAAAUAAAAGUUAUA